GAAGAUAUGGCACCCCAACUCGAUACAUUGGAUGCUUCGUCGACAGCAGUUCGAACAUUGCCCUGGGUGGACCCGGAGGAGUAUGCCCUUAACCUGGUGUUCUUGAUUACCACGCGGUACUCAUGGAUCGUCAUCAUAGCAGUCGGACUCUUCGGGAACGUGAUGUCCAUCAUCAUAACACUUCAGAAAGAUAACAGGAAGAUAUCUACUUGUAACUACAUGACUGCUCUUGCCAUGGCGGAUACGGUUGUACUCCAUAUUGAGAUCGCUUGGGGGUCGUAUUUUCACGUCUGGGAUACAGACCCACCGACUGAGUUUGAGCUGCAAUUGUUGUGGUAUCUGGCGUACGCUUUCGCAGUUAUGUCCGGAUUCUUCCUCGCCGAGAUGACCAUUGAUCGACUGAUUGUCGUCAGAUUCCCGCUGGCCGCACCCAGACUCUGCACAACACGCCGCGCCUGCAUUUCGAUAGCCAUAACGUUCGUUUUGAUUAGUGGUCUUAGUUCGUACAUCAUGUUCAAGUUUAAGUAUUUCUAUAAUGAGGAAACAGGGACGGGCGUUCUCCGCAUGAGUGACAAAAACCAAGAUUUAGUCGUCCUCGGAAACUCCACGCAAAUGGCCAUUGGCACCAUCCUCCCCUUCGUCAUCAUUGUGUUCUGCAACCUGUGGAUCUUCAAAGUGUUGCGCAAUGCCUCCAAGAUCAGUAGACAGAUGGGCGUAAGCAAGGAGGGACAGAUAUCGCGAGAGAAGGAGACAGCUCAUUUAAAUAAAAUGCUAAUCCUCGUCAGUAUUGCUUACGUCAUUACGUCCAUCCCAUUCAGGGCUUAUGAAAUUGCCAUGGGGAUACAAGUGGUGAAAGAUUCCUAUGAACGAAACGAAGCUUACUGGGGUCUCCGAAUCCAAUGUGUUCACUUCAUUUUUGCGAAUAUUUGGUAUAUGAAUUUCGGUAUCAAUUUUUACCUUUACUGUAUAGGGGGCGGUAAGAAGUACAGGGAUGACGUCAGACAAAGAUUGGGACGUUUAUUCUUUUGUUGCAGAAAAGACGAGAAGUAAUUAAUGUAUGACGAUCAUGAAAACGAAGAGGUUUCAAAAUUUACUUCCUAAUGGAGCGAAAAGUUUGUGGACGGUUGCUAUACUUGUACCGGUAUAUUGCACAGGUAAUUGGCAACGUCUAAACACUAUUCAUUCAUUCCCAACCCAUUGUGAUUUAUUUGAAGAAAUAAAAAUACGUGCAGGCGAUUUUUUCCCAUGCCCCCAUUCGGCACAUUCGGAGAUACUCGUUAGUAUCCGUGAGAUAUCAUCGGUCGUGACGUUUAUGUUGUAGUGUGAAUGGAAUUGCAAUGGCCCCUGUUACGCUUGAUACGCCAUCUGCUAUGUUUUUUUGUCCGAGGCAACCACAUCAGAAGAGAGGCAUCUAGCACUUUUAAUCAUGAUGCUAUUUUUCAUUUCCGAUUGGUGGUAAUGGCGUCACAUGCGAUAAUUCGGUCCUGCGAAUCGUCACCAGCGAUACCAUAACUUCCAAUCUGCAAGAAACAAGGCUGCCUAGACACGUAUGCGCAAUAUGACAGGAUCAUUGAAUGAUGAAUGAAGAAAAAUCCCUCAUACUGAUCUCACGGACGGAUAUAAGCUAGAUUUUCAUCACAAAUGUUUGAUUGAGAAUGACGGAUCAUCUCUAUGUUAGCGAUAACUGUCGGCGCCCUGUUCAUUUUAUCAUUGUUGGUGGAAUACCUGACCGAAUGAAAUCGGCGUCAAGACACCUGCCGCCACCACCCCUGGCGACUUCACGGGAUGAGGCCAAGAUGAUCCAUGUCGACUCCAUCAUCGACCGUGACCCGCCCGGCCGAUCUGGUUUAUGGACUUCUUGCAUGUCAUGGAUUGGCAAAUGACUUGACGACGAAUGUGGUCGUUCAAGGGCAUAUUAUAUGCAUAUCAUGGGUCGUUGAGUGAAUAUAAAUAUGCUGACAUUAUUCAAGGCAAUGCACCAUCUUUGUAUUUCAAUCACGAUUCUGAUGAUUUUGUUGCAUCCAACACGAAGGAAGUGGUAACUGUUAGUUUUGCCUAUGAAUUGCCUGUUCUUUCACGAAUAACAGCGACCUUGUCAAGUGCAUCCUGCAUGGCACCAGUUGUUUUCAAAAUACUCCGCCUCUCGAUAUUUUUUUGGCCUGUGAAGUGGGACCACAAAAACCUGAGUCUCAGGAUGUGAAAAGUGAGGUCUACGUGAUCGGACAAUGGGUCCACCAUGUUGGUUGACAUUUUCGUGACCGAGGUGCACGAUAUAAGCUUACUUGUAGAGAUAAAUGGCAUAUUUCUUCAGGGGCAUGAGGGAAGGUUACGAGCGGAGCACCUCCGAUAGUUCAGAAGGCGCACCGCAGAUACAUGUAACAUCAGACAUGCUGAUCACACUCCUUUUGCCAAUUCGAUAUUCUUGCAGGCGAAGCUAUUUCCCCUCAGUCACGUCCUUCCAUCCUGUCCAGGAUCACCGAAGGCGUAUAUAUGGACAUGAGUAAACGCGAUUAGAUGUGUUAUUCUUGGUAAUGAUGAGAUUGGUGAUGAGUUAUGGCCAAUUAAUGAUCGUUAGAAAUCUAGACAGACAGGUCAUCGUGGAAAAGUGUUCGUUGCUGGGCCAGUGGUUUGUUGAUCCGAUCCAUGAGAUGCUACCAAUGGAUGCCAGAGCAUUCAUUUUCUUACCAUAAAAGAUAUGAACUAACAGGAGAGGAACAGUGAAUGCCAAGCCAUUCAUGUUCUAUACGAUAGAAGAGAUCAACUAAAAAGGAGGUAAUGCCGGAUGAAGCUGGGUUAUUGAUGUUGGAUAUCUCAUGGUCACUGGUCGUUACAAUCUACCCCCUCCGUGUGAUUUUCUAUAGUGAUAAGGACAGUAAUUAUGCAUCACCAAUUUUGUCUGACGAAAAGCCAAUUUUCCGUAUCGUUCUGAGUUAUUUGAGAUCACAAAUUGGUACCAAUAGAUCACAGUCUAGCAACAGGUAAAAUGAAGGAAGCUAGUCACAGGGAACAAUUUAGCUGGGUUGAAUUGUGACUAAACCAAUGGAAGGGCUUUUAGCGUAACAUCUUUGAUUGUAACAUUUCUAAAUCUUUCCAUUUGUUGAUCAUGUUCAAUCAUCGGUUGGAAACGCUGAAUGUCUCUUUUCUCCCUAUUGAAAAGACAUGGUGUCUAUAGCGUAUUUCUGUGUGGAAAUACCGAAACACGAGAAACUACCAACAACGUUCGACCAUACUUUCCCCCUUUCAGUUAAUCGGAAACGUAUGGUGUUUGGUCGGUGUUGGACUUAUCUGCCCGAACACGGGAACGAAAUAAGCUGAAGACGCCCAGCCACAGGAGUACACAACAAAAGCCGCUGGCCAAAUUUUAACGACAGAAGAAGGUUAUAGAAGGUGCUUCAUUCUCUACUGUUCAGCCACAUUGCUCUGAACGGCAUUCUGAGCACCACGACCUUGACCUACAUGUAUAAACAUGUACAUGGAUGAGCAAAAGCAAAAAUAUGUCUUGUCGUCAUCGCGGCUUCUUUUAUAAAAAUGCUAGGAAGAUCACUGGCCACAGUGAAAAAAAAUUAUUUGGAAGACAAGAAAAGCUGAAUUCGUUUAUAUGCAAUCAUCCCCAGUUCUCACCAGGCCAUUCUACCAUCGAUGAAUGAUGCAACUCAGAGAACAAAAGCAUAUUUUGUCCUUGUGAGACUGCCAAAGCUAUUAAUCAUAUCAGAAUACAUGUAUAAU